CAGGUGGAUAGCUGCAGUGGGAUACAGAGGGAGCGAGAUGCACAGCAGGAUGGUGUCAUGGCUCCUGCCCGGCAUAGCUGUGGUCUUCCUAGUGCUGCUGCAGAGCACACAGUCAGUCUACAUCCAGUACCAAGGCUUCCAGGUCCAGCUGGAAUCGGUGAAGAAGCUGAGUGACCUGGAGGGGCAGAGGGUGCCCAACCCCCAUCUCCGGGCUCAGGGCCUCGAGCCGUCCGUGUGCCUCCACCCAGACCUGCCACAGGACCUCCAGCCAGUCUGCGCCUCCAAGGACGCUGCCAGCAUCUUCAAGGCCUUGAGGACCAUCGCUAACGAUGACUGCGAGCUGUGUGUGAAUGUUGCCUGUACUGGCUGCCUCUGAGAUGGCUCCAUGUGCCCUGAGGCUGCCCUGGACACCUUGCCCCCCAGCCCACUGCCUCCUCAGCCCCAACCCCCUUCCAAGCUCUGAGUGGGCCCUGGCCACUGCAGUCAUUGCCACCCUCCCAGGGCCUGAGCAGCUGGAUCUGGUGCAAAGCAGUUGGACAUGUGUGGAGGAGAGAUUGACCCCUGAGACAGCACUGCUGCUGAAUAAAGAUUCUCCACUCACAGA